CAGAGCCACCACUCACCACAGGAGUUCUCUUCUCCAGUACGACUGUGAGGCCAAGGAGAUGGAGGGGAAGAAUAGAGCGGCCGCCAUUGCCGCCCUAUGCAUGCUCCUCCUCCUCACACUGCCAAAGCCAUCCCAUCAGCAGCCAUCCGGAGUUGACUGCAAGUGCUACCGGCAGUGCUACCCCGGGUGCAAGGACAGCAUCCCGCCGUGGCUAUGCAAGGUCAAGUGUGCUGGUGGCUGCCCCGACGCCCAAACCAUUCAAGAACUUCUCUCCUGCUUGAUCGCCUGCAACACGGACUCCAUCUGUGACCAGCCAGCGCCGUCAGUCAAUGUUGGGGCUUGUGCGGAUGACUGCUACAAGAUGUGGGGCAGUGGUGGCACCAAGUAAUCUUGAAGAGCUAAGAGCAGACUGGUCAUAGGAUCAUAAACAUAUGAUGUCGAACGGCUGCGAUUGCUGCAUCAGUCAAUAAAAUGUGUUCCGCUUUGGUGCAUCACUUGUGAGAAAAUUUGCCAAUCUUAAAAUUAUCGACGCAUGUGCAAACCCUGCUUAUUUUGAUUCAUCUACAAUAUUACUUUCCUCUGUCCA